AUGGAGUCGGAGGAGAGUCAGAUCUCAGUCUGGGUUUGUCGAGAGGAGAAGCUGGUCCUCGGCUUGUCAAAGCGCACGACCUGCGCGGAUGUUGUCAAAGUGCUUCUGGAGGACCAGAACUCGCAGCACGGCCUCUCCACGGCGCAGUCCUACUGCAUCGUGGAGAAAUGGAGAGGCUUCGAGAGGAUCUUGCCGAACAAAACCAAGAUUUUACGGCUUUGGGUCGCGUGGGGGGACGAGCAGAGGAACGUGAAGUUUGUGUUGGUGAAGAGCGAAGCGUCUCUGGCGAACCACGGAGCCCGGAGCGCAGAGGCGCGUGUGGUGCUCAGCAAACAGAGCCCCUGUGUUACCAAAGGCACCGCACGGUCUGCCAUGGGCGGCAUCUGCCCCGAGAAACAGCGGCGGAUUGUUCGGAAAGCUUUCAGAAAGUUGGAGAAGAUCAACAAGAAGAGGGCGCAGACGGCGCACAGAGACGCGUCCUGCGCGGAGAAGAUGGAAACUCUGGUUCAUCUUGUUGUUUCCCAGGAUCACACAAUCCGCCAGCAGGUUCAGAGGAUUAAGGAGCUGGACUCAGAGAUCGAGAGGUGCGAGGCAAAGGUGCACUUUGACAGAAUCAAGAGGCACGGGGUCAAUUAUGUGCAGAACACGUAUCUGGUGGACGCAGCUUCCAGCCAACAGGGACAGCAGCUGUGUCCACCAGAGACUCUGGCCCAGUUGGAGGAGCAUGUCCGGCAGUGCGAGGAACUGGUUCAGCUGCAUGAGGAGCUGCGGGAGCAGGAAGCCCUCAUAGACGGGAUCACGGCGCAGGUCCAGGAGGAGCUGAACCACCGCUGGAUGCAGCGCAGGACAGAGGAGCUGCAGAGCAAAGACUCAGAGCCCGGGGAUGGAGCAGCAUCCCUCCCCAGCGCACAGGCACACACAGCAUCCCACAAUGAGCUGCUUUUGGAAGGAGAGCGGAUCAAAACGCAGCUCGAUGCGAGUUUGUACAUCGGCCUGCGCCUCAACACGGAUUUAGAGGCUAUUAGGAGCGAUUUAGAGCUGACCCAGCAGAUUUACGGGGCGAGGGAGAAGGAGAUGAGGGAUUUGCAGGAGAAAGUCAACACUUUGGACAUGGAGGAAGGGACGGGCGGCGAGCAGGGACCAGAGACAGACCAUAAGGUGAUGAGCACUUUGGAGAGGAGAGGCGGGUGGGUGGAGCAGGCCAGGGGUCUGUCCAAAGCGCACAGUGUGGCCGACGACGACUCGGACACCGGCUUGAGCUCUCUGCACAGCCAGGACUCAGACAGCCUCCCAGUGUGGGAGUCACUGGUUUAGGCUCAUGUGACUGUUUGUCAGUUUGCAAAAAGAAAAAAAAAUCUGCAGUCUCAGGGAUCCAAAGUAGACAAAAACAUCAACAUAAUGCUUCCACAGGAGGGAUGGAGGGUUUGUAAUGUGUGUGUGGGAUCACAACAGCCCCCAUAUGGUCUGAAAGUGGUUUACACUUUGACUCAGUUAAUCCUCACCAACAAAGCUGUUUGACAUCAAAAUAAAU